AUGAUUCCGUUUCUUUCUUCGUCCAAGUCGAACCCGACAUCCAGCCCAGGCAGCUACGCGACUCGCGUAGACGACGCUGCUACCAUCCCGGACAACGCCAAUCACUACGACUUUGUCAUUGUCGGUGGAGGCACCGCCGGGUGCGUCCUUGCAUCGCGCUUGACCGAAGAUCCGUCCAUCUCCGUCCUCGUCCUCGAAGCUGGUCCGACCAACAAUGUACUCCCGGCCAAGGCCCCGCUUCUGUUCAACAAGCUCUUCAAGACGGAGCGCGACUGGGACUACACCACCGUUCCCCAGCCAAAGGUGGCAAACCGCGAGCUCUACUGGCCUCGUGGUAGGAUGCUCGGCGGCAGCUCGUCGAUGAAUGCCAUGAUCUACCAUCACGGUUCUUACUCGGACUUCGACGAAUGGGCGGAGAAGCUCGGUUGCAAAGGGUGGUCGUACGCCGACCUCGCUCCUUACUUUCGCAAGUCAGAAGGUUGCGUUCCGAAGAAUGGCUUCGAUGCAAAAGAUCGAGGUACCACUGGUCCUUGGAAGACUGGACACAGCUUUUUCUCUGACAUGGGCAAGGAUGGUUUCCUGAAAGCCUGCGAGCAGGUCGGCAUACCCUUUUCGCCUGACAUCAACACACCCCGAGGCACCGAAGGUAUCACCAACACAAUGACUUUUAUUGACCAAAAAGGUCUCAGAUCCUCCGCUGCCACCGCCUAUCUGACACCGGAUGUCUUGGCUCGCUCCAACUUGACCGUUGCUUUGGCAGCUACCGUGACGCGCAUCGUCUUUGACAAGUCCGCUGGCACACCUCGCGCAACUGGAGUGGUCCUCCAAACCACUACUGGCGGCUCGCUUUACGCCGUCGGCGCCACACGCAAGGUUGUCCUGGCAGCUGGCUCCAUCAAUACCCCACAAAUCCUAAUGCUCAACGGAAUUGGCCCAUCCUCGUCGCUGAAGGCACUCUCGAUCCCCACGGUCCGCGUCAACGAGCAUGUGGGCGCCCACCUCAAAGACCAUUUCUGCACGUCAGGGCUCUUGCUCAAGGCCAAGCCAGGCUACACGUUCGACUACCUUAACACGACGAUCAAAGCGGUGCCCGCACUGGUGCGUUGGCUGUCAUUCGGCACAGGUCCAAUCUCGUCCAACAUUGCCGAGGCUGCCGCUUUCAUCCGGAGCAAUGACGAGCGCCUUCCUACCGGAAGCUCCGCAGCUUCAGCCAGGUAUCACGGCUCCCAAGGGGUGGGUCCCGAUCUCGAGAUCAUUGGCGCUCCGGUGGCUUACAUCGACCAUGGAUUCACACCUGCUCCGCCAGGAGUGGAUAUCUUCUCGCUCGUACCCAUCGGCUUGCGACCUCAGUCUGAAGGUUUCGUCUCGAUCAAGUCGAAAGAUCCUUUUGAAAAGGCCGUGGUCGAUCCACGCUACUGGUCCGACGCCGACGACAACGAUCGCAAGGUGUUGCUGGCCGGUCUACGCGUCUGUAUCGCUAUAACACACGCCGAAGCUUUGCAGCCCUUCUUGGAGCCCGUGGAGCCUUCGAACGACCCCGACAACAUGUUUUGGCCGUGGUGCGCGCCCAAGGAUGCUGUCAUCUCGGACGAGGAUCUGCUGAACUGGAUGUCUCGGACUGCGUUCACGCUCUACCACCCUGUAGGUACGGCGCGCAUGUCGGCCAAAGCGGAUGACGGUGUCGUGGACCUGGACCUCAACGUUUACGGCGUCAAGGGUCUGGCAGUGUGCGAUGCGUCGAUCUUCCCACAGCAGAUCAGCGGCCAUCCUACGGCGCCCAUCAUCGCCAUCGCAGAGAAGGCAGCAGAGCUCUUCGCCAAGAGUGCCAGCAUCUAA